AAAAAAUACGGAGUAGCCAACAGUCUAACACAGGAGUUCAGUUUCGUAAACUGAGUUCCGUACUUCCGUCUGUAAACUCACCCAGCGGUUCCGUCCUUCAACAUCGGUCGUCGGCGUCCAGCACUCCAACUCUCCAGCUCCAACUCUCCAAUCCUUCAAGAGUUCUUGUUAUCAGAAUAUCAGGCUAUAUUAGUUUCCGGUUGGAGGGUGAUUUGCCGUGUACUGGUUGGCUAAAAGGUUAAAGCGAGCAUUUGCAUUGCGAAAUCCAUAUUGUUCCUUAUGGCUUCUGUAAUUCAACAAGUACCUGCAGAUGAUUCGGUUUUGCUCAGGGUCACUCAUUCUAAUAUCAAGAGUUUCUUGGCUGAUAUCCGUUUAUACCGUCAGAUGACGGUAGAAGCUGUGAAAGAAAAGCUCUGGAAAAAGUGUGGUACUUCUGUCACUUCAAUGCGUCUUGAACUUUAUGAUGAUAGCGGUUCUAAAAUUUCAGAAUUAAGCGAUAACAUGAGGCCAUUUGGCUUUUAUUCUCCACAAGAUGGGUAUAGGCUACAUGUUAUUGACAUUGAUCCAUCCUCAAUAUCAGCUGGUGGUUGGAUAGAUGACACCUCUCUUGUGGAGAAAUACACAAUCUCGAAUGAGGCUUAUGAUAAACUUGAUGGUACUUUCAGAAAGUUCAAGGAGCAUUUGCCACAAAAAGAUACUACUACUUCUGAAGCCAAAAUUUGUGACAAUUACAUGGAAGAUCUUUGCGCAUCGAUCAAGGUAGGAGAUAGAUGUCUAGUUGAACCUAGAGAAAGGAGAGGCAUUGUCAAAUUUGUGGGUCGGGCAGAAACACUUGCUCCUGGAUUUUGGGUUGGAGUGCAAUUCGACGAACCCAUAGGAAAACACGAUGGCAUGGUGAAAGGCAAACGCUACUUCGAUUGUCCUCCUCUUCAUGGCUCAAUUGUUCGCCCUGAUAAAGUAAAGGUUGGGGAUUAUCCAGAGCUAGAUCCAUUUGAAGAUGAGGAAAUUUAGUUGUGAUCAUUUCGAAUCAUUACAACUUUGUUAUUUGCAUUUUUCAUCCGAGAGAAACAAAUGGAAAUGCAAAAUUACUGGCACUGAUACUAAAUUUAACAUUCUGAAAUACAUGUGAGCAGAUGUAAAGCAAAAAAGUAGAACUAACUUUAUAGGUAUAUUUGGGUGUGUAAUCACUUCGCUAGUCUUUUAUUUAUUUCUUCUUUCUUCGGAGAGGAAAGUUUGCUAAUCUUUCUCGUUACUUGAGGCUUGCUGGGUAUUAGCAGAUCAUGCAAUAUUAGCAGCGUGAAACUAGUUCUAAAAAUGCAAACUGGCCAGCUGGGUAAUACCUUUGCAGUGUCCACCCACCUAUUGAAGC